CCCAGAGAACGAGAUCGCCUCAGUCAGCUACCUGCUGGAUCAGAUCGAGCAGAUCCGGUCUGAGAGUGAAACCGGACCUCACUCCAUCACGGUGGACAUCCAGCGGCCCAGCGGCUGCUUCAGCAUCAGCUGCUACGACCGUGUGACCAACAUCGCCGUCAAACUCCAGCCAAAGACCAGCGCACAGCACUUCAUGCUGGCGAACUGCCACUUUGACUCGGUGGCCAACAGCCCCGGAGCCAGUGAUGACGCCGUCGGCUGUUCAGUGAUGCUGGAGGUUUUACAUUCUCUAACGAAUCUCUCCACGCCUCUCAAACACGGUGUCAUCUUCCUGUUCAACGGGGCCGAGGGGACAAUCCUGCAG